AUGAAGCGGCGGAGGCAAAAUCUAGCCUGUCGCGAAAGUCGAAUUCGCCGCCGUGCGCGAAGCGACAACAACCGAAGGAGCAGCGACGACGAUGGCCGCCGACCCUUACAACUGCAGCCGCUCCUAGCGCUCAACAGGCUUUCAGUCAAUAUAGCGCGGAGGCCGCGUGGCACCGCCGCUCGUUCGAGCCAGCACGCGAAACGUUGCUCCGAUCCUGCGGUUUCUGUCGUACUGGAUGGGAUAACAGUAGACACGGAUGACAUAACACACGUGUCGAUCGGUGGGAUAAAACUAACCUGUUUCACGACUUGUAUCUAUCUCGCGCACACCUGCAGGCCCACUCUCAGAUCCACUCCCUGUCUGUCUCGCACUUACAAAGCCGUUAUUUCUUUUUCUUUCGUACUUUUACCCGUGACAGUCCGCUCGCUAAUGUCUCGCCUUAAUCAUUCACUUUCAAUUGUAUUCAUUUAUCAAUUUUCUCGUCACCUACUAACACCACACCCACCCUUUCUGCUUUCGCACGACCACCCUAUUUCGUUCACGCUUUCCUUCCUUGCUUCCUUCCUUCUUUUCUUUCUUUCCUUCCUUUCUUUCUUUCCUUCUUUCUUUCUUUCUUUCUUUCUUCUUUUCCUUCCCUCCUUCCUUUUCCUUCCUUCCUUUCCUUCCUUCCUUUUUUCCACUUUUCCUUCCUUCCUUCUUAACUUCCUUCCUUUUCCUUCCUACCUUCCUUCCUUUUCCUUCCUUUUCCUUCCUUCCAUUCUUUUCCUUCCUUCCUUCCUUCCUUCCUUCCUUUUCCUUUCUUCCUUCCUUCCUUUUCCUUCCUUCUUUCCUUCCUUCCUUCCUUCCUUCCUUCCUUCUUUCCUUUUCCUUCCUUCCUUCCUUCUUUCCUUCCUUCCUUCCUUCCUUUCUUUCUUUCUUUCUUUCUUUCUUUCUUUCUUUCUUUCUUUCUUUCUUUCUUUCUUUCUUUCUUUCUUUCUUCCUUCAUUCCUUCCUUCCUUCUUUUCCUUCCUUUUCCUUCCUUCCUUUCCUUCCUUCCAUUCUUUUCCUUCUUUUCUUCCUUCCUUUUCCUUCCUCCUUCCUUCCUUCCUUCCAUUCUUUUCCUUCCUUCCUUCUUUCCUUCCUUCCUUUUUCUUCCUUUUCUUGCCUUUCUUUCUUCCUUCCUUCUUUUCCUUCCUUCCUUACUUUUCCUUCCUUCCUUCCAUUCUUUUCCUUCUUUCCUUCCUUCGUUUUCCUUCCUUCGUUUUCCUUCCUUCCAUUCUUUUCCUUCCUUCCUUCUUUCCUUCCUUCCUUCUUUCCUUCCUUCCUUUUCUUUCCUUCCUUCCUUUUCCUUUCUUCCUUCCUUCCUUUUCCUUCCUUCCUUCCUUCCUUCCUUCCUUCCUUCCUUCCUUCCUUCCUUCCUUCCAUUCUUUCUUCUCCUUCCCCUUGCUUUACUCUCUAAUAUUCAUCCUCAGAAAUGCCUAUUCGCAUAGAUCGAGAUUUGAUAUUUAG